CUCCCUCCGACCCAGCAAGCUCUCCUGGGGCGCAUGCGCAGUGACAGCCUCCCAUCUUCCUCCCAGCCAGAGAGAGCCCUCAGCAGCAGCAGCAGCUGAUGAUGAAGAAGAGAGAGAGGAGGAGGAGGAGGAGGGAGAGGGGGAGACUCGGGGCCACCCUUUAUUUAUAUUGUUAAAGGGGCAGAGCACUCAUUCCGCCCGGCGGGGCUGGCGCUGAGGGGAGGAGGGCUUGGGCUGAUGAGAGGGGAUUGAGUUUCUCCCUCAGCCCCAGAGAGAGAGAGAGAGAGAGAGAGAUUGAGGAAAGGAGAGUUUCUUCCCCCGCUUCGGCCGUCAGGGCAGGUAGGAAAGGGACCCAAAGCCUCUUAGCAACACAGCAAGGGCUCCUUCCUGCCUUCCUUCUCUGAGGCUGCUGCUGCUGCCACUGCUUGUGGCCCUGGCUGGAGGCACAGGCAGGAGCAGCCCCUGCCUCUCUCUCUCUCUCCCACCCCUCUGCUCUCCCCUCCUCCCCCUUUAUUACCCUUUGUGUGUCUCUCCCUCCACUGCUCCAGGAGAGGAAAUAAAAGUGGGGUGCAGCCAAGGAUAUCAUGGAUACCAUAUACAAUUGGAUAUGCUCAAUAAUUCCUGAAGAUGAUCCUUUUUGUGGUCAAGACUUUUAAAGUCCAGGCUUUUUAUACUGUAAAGGUUUUAACAUUGAAGCUGUAUCAUCAUGAGAGAAUCACAAGGAAUGUCCAGGAGUAUCUUGGAUAAUGAAUGGAAGAGGACAAGAAAGCAAAAAGAGUGUGGCAUUUAAAAAGGAUUUAAUGUUUGGAGAUCUUGCCUGUGAUUCACCUGGAACAAUGAUACUUAUUUUCUCAAAAUGCAAAUUAACUUAUACAAUGAUCAAUUUGGAGUCACACUGUUGAACUAAGCAAAAAAAAAAAAAACCCCUCUCUUCCUGGCCAGUAACAGAGCAUUGAUGGAUUAUGAUUUUCCCAAGCUGGAAGCAUUCAUUUUUACUCAACUAGACUGUCCGUAUGACUAUAUAAAGAAUAAAGCAUUUCAUACUUAAUAUUAAUCAGUAUGGGCAACUGACUUGUCAGCAAAAUGGGAGAUUUCAUGGAGUGAGCCAGAAAUUUCCCAAUGCACUUUGUACACGCUGGGAAUUGCUGUACUGUAUGGCCGUCUUCUGGAGGCCAUGAAGACAUAUAAAAUGAUAUCAUCUCACUGUUGAUAUCUUUGAAGAGUCACAAGCAGAAUUUUAAAAAUGAAUGGAAGCAAGGAAUUUGACGUUGGGGACAAAGAUGGAGGGCUACCGACAGUACAGGUCCCAGUUGGCUGGCAACGGAGGGUGGAGCAACAUGGAGUACUCUAUAUUAGUCCUAGUGGGUCUUUAUUGUCCUGCUUGGAACAGGUUAAAACAUACCUGCUGACUGACGGCACAUGCAAGUGUGGUUUGGAAUGUCCCCUCAUCCUUCAUAAGGUAUUUAAUUUUGAUCCUGGAGUUGCUGUGACACAAAGAACAGCUGAAGAUGUCAAAGCGGAUGAAGAUGUCACUAAGCUAUGCAUUCAUAAACGGAAAAUUAUUGCUGUGGCCACACUUCAUAAAAGUAUGGAAGUGCCCCACCCAUCACUGGUUCUAACAAGUCCUGGUGGUGGAACAAGUGCAACUCCAUUAGUACUGUCACGAGCAGCAACUCCAAGAUCAAUAAGGAAUAAAUCGCAUGAAGGAAUUACUAACUCUGUGAUGCCAGAAUGUAAAACUCCAUUCAAGUUGAUGAUGGGGGCCUCGAAUGCCAUGGGCCGGCUAUAUGUGCAAGAGAUGACUGCAAACCAGCAACAAGAACUUCAUUCUGUCUAUCCAAGGCAGAGAUUGGGGAGUAAUGAACAUGGGCAGAAGUCUCCAUAUCGUGGCAGUCAUGGAGGAAUGCCUAGUCCAGCUUCAUCAGGAUCACAAAUAUAUGGUGAUGGCUCAAUAUCUCCUAGGACAGACCCACUUGGAAGUCCAGAUAUUUUCACAAGGAGUAAUUCCAGUUUUCAUGGAGCACCUAACUCCAGUCCUGUUCACAUGAACAGAACUCCUCUGUCUCCACCUUCCGUAAUGCUACAUGGUUCUCCUGUGCAGUCAUCUUGUGCAAUGGCUGGAAGGACUAAUAUACCUCUUUCCCCAACCCUGACCACAAAAAGUCCUGUAAUGAAAAAGCCCAUGUGUAAUUUUACAACUAGUAUGGAAAUGCCACGAGCAAUGUUUCACCACAAACCACCUCAAGGCCCUCCACCGCCACCUCCAUCUUGUGCUCUUCAGAAAAAGCCAUUAACAUCAGAAAAGGAUCCACUUGGCAUUCUUGACCCCAUUCCUAGCAAACCAGUGAAUCAGAAUCCUGUUAUCAUUAAUCCAAGUACUUAUCAUUCAAAUAUCCUCUCUCAGGUACCUGUGAUGAAUGUAAGCAUGCCUCCAGCUGUUGUUCCUCUACCAAGUAAUCUCCCUUUGCCAACUGUAAAACCUGGUCACACAAACCAUGGGGGUCAUCUGCAAAGAGUUCAGCACUCUACUUCCACGUCUCUCUCCCCAUCACCGGUAACAUCUCCAGUUCAUAUGAUGGCAUCUGGAAUUGGAAGGAUUGAGGCUUCUCCCCAAAGAUCACGCUCAUCUUCCACAUCAUCUGAUCACGGAAAUUUCAUGAUGCCUCCAAUAGGACCACAGUCAUCUUGUAGUAAUAUUAAAGUCCCCCCUCGAUCACCAAGGUCAACAAUAGGGUCUCCAAGACCAUCUAUGCCAUCAAGUCCAUCUACAAAGACUGAUGGUCUCCAUCAAUACAAGGACAUCCCUAACACAUUGAUUGCUGGAAUGAGUAAUGUAUUAAAUCCUCCAAGCAAUGCAGUUUUUCCAUCUGCAUCUGCUGGAAGUGGGCCCAUGAAAAGUCAACCUGGCUUGCUGGGAAUGCCUUUAAAUCAGAUCUUGAACCAGCACAAUGCUGCCUCCUUUCCAGCUAGUAGUUUACUCUCAGCAGCAGCCAAAGCACAGCUAGCAAAUCAAAAUAAACUUGCUGGUAACAAUAGCAACAGCAGUAGCAAUUCUGGAACUGUUGCUAGUAGUGGCAGCAAUGAUGGACACAGCACUUUAAACACCAUGUUUCCUCCUACUGCCAACAUGCUUUUACCAUCAAGUGAAGGGCAAAGUGGUCGAGCAGCACUACGAGAUAAACUGAUGUCUCAACAGAAAGACCCUUUGAGGAAAAGAAAACCACCAACCACUACAGUGUUGAGUUUGCUUAGGCAUACUCAGUUGGAUAGUUCUGGAGCUUCUAAAUCGGGACCGGAUUUGAUAAGAAAGCAGAACCAAGGUUCAUUUCCCAUUACAUCUAUGUCCCAGUUACUUCAGUCCAUGAGCUAUCAAAGUUCUCAUAUGAGCAGCAAUAGUACUUCUGGUUGUGUGAGCUCAAAUACUGUUUUGCCUUGCUCUGCUAACCAGCUGCAUUUUACAGACACUAACAUGAACACUGGCACUCUUCAGAACCCAUUGGCACAUGAUUUACCUUUACGAGGGGAAAGUAUGCACUGCCAGAAUUCAAACACUAACUUUGGCCAUGGCUCUAGCCCUGGCCCAAACAACCAUCUUGCAGGUUUAAUAAAUCAGAUGCAAGCUAGCGGAAAUUGUGGGGUACUCAACCAACCUGGAAUGGCUUUAGGAAAUUCAUUACAUCUGAACCCCACCCAGUCGCGAAUUCAAGCACCCACUACACCAGUGAUACCAAACAACAUUGUGAGCAGUUGCAAUCAGACUAGUCCUGAAACAGGAAGGGCAGGAGCACCACCAUCCACUGCUAUAGCUGGCACCAGUCAGCCUGCCAUUACCAAGACAACGUCUCUUCUGCAAGAUGGGGUCAUAGUCACAACUGCAGCUGGAAAUCCACUACAUAGUCAGCUCCCUCUUGGGAAUGACUUUUCUUUCGUUGGUCAUGAACAUGCCCUGCAUUUUCCACAGAACAGCACUUCAAACAACAAUCUUCCGCACUCUUUGAAUCCUAACCUCUUUAGUUCGCUACCUAUCUCUUUGCCAGUGAAUCAGCAGCACAUCCUAAACCAGAAUCUAUUAAAUAUACUGCAGCCUUCAACAGGAGAAGGCAAGUCUGAGGUCAACCUCAAUCCUUUAGGUUCUCUCAACCCAAAUGUAAAUGCUGCUUUAGCUUUGCUCUCCGGUGAUGUGGAUGGGCAGGUGCUGCAACCUGUCCAUGUUCAGCUGCUAGCAGCUCUUCUCCAGAACCAAGCCCAAACAGCAGCCAUGUUUCCCUUAGCACCUUUCAAUCUGUCCAUCUCAGAUCUGUUACCGCAACCGCAAAACAACCCUGUGCCCACAGGGACACAGAUGACAGCCCCGCCAUCCGAUCACUUGCUUAGUAGUCAGUCCGAUACCAACAAAACUGACACCCUGUUAACCAACCCCCUGGGAAACCCUUUCCCAAACUUUUCAGGCACAGACAUGGCUUCAAACCCCCUUCUCCUCCCAGCUGUCCCUGGGGCCUCAGGACUAAUGGCCUUGAAUCCCCAGCUGUUGGGAGGUGUUUUGAACUCUACAUCGGGCAGCACUGCUAACCAUCCAGAGGUUUCAGUAGCAACCUCCUCCCAGGCUACCACUACCACAGCCACUACAUCAUCCACAGUGGCAGCACUGUCUGUCUCAACACUUGGUGGGACAGCAGUGAUGUCAAUGGCAGAAACAUUGCUGAGCAUAUCUAAUAGUGCUGGGAGCACAUCUGGUCCAGCUAAACUCAACAAUAACUCUGUGGUGCCACAGCUACUUAACCCUCUACUGGGGACAGGUCUACUUGGUGAUAUAUCUUCGAUAAACACUACUCUUAAUAACCAUCAGCUCACUCACCUGCAGUCCCUGUUCAACAACAAUCAAAUGUUUCCAUCAAAUCAGCAGCAGCAGCAGCAGCUUCUCCAAGGCUACCAGAAUCUUCAGGGUUUUCAAGGACAGCCUCCCAUUCCUGGCACACCUAAUAACCCAAACCCUAUGGCUUGUCUCUUCCAGAAUUUUCAGGUGAGAAUGCAGGAAGAAGCUGCUUUUUUGAACAAGAGAAUGAUCUCUCAAAUGGGAAUGCCACCGAUUCCUGAAGCUUCCAGCGCCCCGCUUCCUCCUUUUCAAGAUACAGCGUGCAACUUGCAACAAAGGACAGAACCAUCUGUAGGGCAACAGCAGGCAAAGGACAACCUGGGCCCAGCAGCCCAGAGCGAGGGUUCAGUCGAUGCCAUCUACAAAGCCGUGGUAGAUGCUGCAAGCAAGGGGAUGCAAGUAGUUAUCACCACUGCAGUCAACAAUACAACCCAAAUGAGCCCCAUUCCAGCUCUGAGUGCCAUGAGUGCCUUCACAGCCUCAAUUGGUGACCCAUUAAACCUUUCCAGUGCUGUCAGCGCAGUAAUCCAUGGAAGAAACAUUGGCAUUUCCGAUCAUGAAGGCAGGGCAAGGAAUACUAGAGGGGCACGGAUACUGAAGAAUUCAGAACACCUUAAAAAUUCCAGUGAGGGGGAUGGCUUGGAAUAUUAUAAACCAACAGGUUGUAACACACCCAAAAAACAGUGGGAAGGGGAGCAAAGUCCUGGAGGGGAAAUGAACAGAUGGAAAUGUGAGGAGUUUUUAGACCAUUCAUCCCAUAUCCACAGCAGCCCUUGCCAUGAAAGGCCCAACCAUGUCUCUGCACUGCCGCUAGCCCAAGGCAAGCAACUUCCAAUUCUGUUACCCCAGCGAAACUGUCACAGCGAUAAGAUGUUGGAGGAGAACUUCAGGUAUAGCAAUUACAAAAGAACUAUGAUGAGUUUUAAGGAGAGACUAGAGAACACUGUGGAACGAUGUGCACACAUAAAUGGAAACAGGCCUCAGCACAGCAGAGGGUUUGGAGAGUUGCUGAAUGUCUCUAAGCAAGACCUGGCCAUGGAAGAGCAGUCUCCAAGUUCCUCCAAUAGCUUUGAAAGUUCUCUAAUCAAAGACUACAUCCAUUAUAAUGGAGACUUUAAUGCCAAAAGCAUUAAUGGGUGUGUGCCUAGUCCUUCAGACGCUAAAAGCAUUAGUAGUGAAGAUGACCUAAGGAAUCCCGAUUCUCCCUCUUCACAUGAGUUGAUACAUUAUAGGCCAAGGACGUUUAAUGUUGGGGACUUGGUCUGGGGCCAAAUAAAAGGACUGACUUCAUGGCCUGGUAAAUUAGUAAGAGAAGAUGAUGUUCACAACUCAUGUCAACAAAGCACUGCGGAUGGGAAGGUGGAACCUGACAAGUUGAAGACACUAACAGAAGGUCUGGAAGCCUACAACCAUGUCCAAAAGAGGAAUAGAAAAGGUGGGAAGCUAACUAACCAUUUAGAAGCUGCUAUACAUGAGGCCAUGAGUGAACUCGACAAAAUGUCUGGGAAUGUGCACCAAAUUCCACAGGGAGACAGACAGCUGAAGCCUCCAAAGCCCAAGAGGAGGAAGAUCUCUAGAUAACAUUGAAUGUCUUUGUUACUGGCCUAGUACAUAUAUAUAUAUAUAUAUAUAUAUAUAUAUAUAUAUAUAUAUAUAUAAAACAUGCACAUAAAUAUAUGAUAUUAUAUAUUGAUAAUAUCAGGAUGGAUAGAGUUCAUCACCACAGGGUGCUAAACAAAACAGUGGUACAGUAUUCUUAUUGGUAAAGAAAGCAACGUCAAUCCAGAUCUUCAAAAGGUUGCAGUGUGUCUAUAAAAAUCCUUUUUUUCUAUAAUACUAAAAUUGUGAUUAUAAGAUUAGAGUCCAAAUGUUUCUGCAAAGUUUUCAUUGUGUAUAUAGAUAAAACAGAAUUUCAUGACGAUAUCUGGAAUGUAAAUAAUGUACAAUAUUGUCAUGUACAAGCGUACCUAAUGCACACUUUAUCUUUUAUUGUACAAAAAAAUAGUGUACAAAAUUCUUUGGUUUCUAUUGAGUACACAUACAAGAGACUUACCAGUGUAAAGUGAUAAAUAAAAAUACAGCCUAAAUGCUUUUAUAUAAUAAUGUAAAAGAUGCUGUUUUUGUAUUUAACAGCAGUGGAAAAGGCAUGAUUAUGUAAUACCUUAAUUAUGACAUAACACUUCUCGCGACUGAGUGUUCAUUUAUAGUGUCUGUUUGGAAUGAACCUUGCCUGGAAGUACUGUACUCCAUUUCCGGUCCCUGUAGGGAGAGUGCAACCUUGCAGAUUCCUAAAGGGAUGUGGGAUCACACAGGUCAAAUUAAGAAGUCAAAAGUUGCAACUGCUUGUUGCAUUUUUUUAAAAGUUUGCCUGAGUUUUAAAGUAGAGUGCUGUAGAUUUUUAUAUUAAAAAUAUUUAGAUAGAAUAUUUUAGUCAGUUGUUGCUUUAACAGAGUUUCAUAGCCACCACUUUAAAAUCAGAGUCAUUCAUUUAGAAACCCUUUACAGCCAGUACUGGCUACUGACUUAAUCUCUUGGUGCAAAGGACAUAUUGUAUAAAAGCAAUAGUCCCAUUUCAAGGACUCUUCCCAUUAAGUGAUAACUCUAAGACAGUGGUGUGCAACCUUGGCCUUCUUGGUGUUUUAGACUUUGGCUCCCAGAAUGCCUGACCAUUGGACAAGCUGGCUACGAUGUCUUGGAGUUGGAGUCCCAAACACCUAGAAGGUCACAGGUUGCACAUUAUUGCUCUAAGAUGGUGGUUCUCAACCUGUGGGCCCCCAGGUGUUUUGAACUACAACUCCCAGAAAUCCCGACCAGUUUACCAGCUCUUAGGGUUUCUGGAAGUUGAAGGCCAAAACAUCUGGGGAACCACAGGUUGAGAAUCAUUGCUUGAAGAGAUUACAGUGCAGUCUGUCCUUCAUGUUUGCUGAGAUUAGGGACAUGGGGCCCCUGUGAAAGUGAAAAAGCAUAAACAAAGAAAUUGCUAUUUUUUAUCUGAAGAAUACCUCACUAAUUUCUAGGUCUGCCAUCAUAACUCUGCAGUUGACUUCGGUUGGAAGCUGGCUGUAGAAUGCACUGAAGGACCCAGAGCUUCCUCAAGAGGUGUUAUCUCUCGAAAUCUUUAGGUCUGAAGGAAGUUGAGAAUAGAAUCACGUUGUGGAGGAUUUAGAGAUUCUUAGAACAAAUCCAUUAAUUAUCAGUCCAACAAAUGUCAAAACCACAAAUGUGAAGGACAACUGCAUAGCAUAAUGGGGUUCUUAGAACUGAGAAAGAGAUUUCUGCUACCCCUUUUAUAAUUAAAUAUUUUUAUUUACUUCACCGGGGCUAUAUCAGCACUAAAAGGACACUAAAUUGUCUCACCUGCUGGUACUAACCCCGUUGCCCGUUUUAAUAUACUAGAGGAAAAAGGUGGCUUACUAAACUAUUAGGAGCACUGGCCAGGAUCCUGAGAACUGCACACCUAUUAUUUUGUGUGUGCUGCUUGCAUCAAAGGCUCCCUCUACUCCAGUUUGACAAACCAAUUGUGAAUCAUGGAGAAUUUCCAAAAACAUUUUUUGAUCAGGAAUGGGGUUCCUUUUAAGGGAGUUUGUGUUAAAAAAUAAACCUGGGCACACCAAAAUCUUUGGAUCAAUCUAAUGUAGCUCUUUGGAUUCUAGCCAGUGAUUUUGUCAGUAUUAUGUAACAUAUCAGAUUUAUUUUAUUUAAUAAGAAUUAUUUAUGCCAUUAACAGAUUCUUAUAUAUAAAUAUAAAUAUAUGAAUAUAUAUAUCGAUGUGGCAGAAAUGUUCAGGUUGAGUCUAUUAACCGGAUUAUUUAUGUUCCGUUGAGUUGGAAAGAAAUGUGAAACAUGUUUGUUAGAAAGGUGAUCGUACACUACAGAUCUACAAAGCUAAAGCUGUGAGCCAUUCUCAGAGUCCCGAGAUCUUUUAAAGAAGUGGUCGUGCAGUGGUCAUUUUCAGUGUCGGUGCUGCAUACGGUGGCAAUGGCCUUCCCCUUUCUUCCAGGCAUUGCGCAACGUAUUCCCCAUUCAUCAUGCCUGGGCCCAAGAUGGAGUCUUUAGGGCCACUUACUACCUCUUCAUCUGGGAGCCACCCUUUUGUCAUAUCCCGAAGCGUCAUUCCUUCUAGUGGCUUAGUUAGCAAAGAGUGCUGGUAACCAGCUUCACCUACAGCUGAUAAUGGUACCAGUAUAUUGAUAACCAAAAUCUAAUGUUUCAAUGAGGAGUGCUCAUUCCCUGCCCAGUUCACCUUCUCAGGGCCCAAGCUCCACUUUCCAUGGGAUAUGAGCAGCAACACUAGUCCCAGAGGACAAGAGAUCUGGGGGAAGUCCAUUCCCCUGGCCAGUUCUUCCAUGCCAAUGCACACAGCACUACCCCUGGGCUACGGGGGCUGCUCUUAUCCCAUGUGGACAGCUCUCAUUCUCUAUUUCCAAGCCCAACCCAAUGGAAUGCAAUUUGCUACACUACACUACAGUGGCCUGGAGACAGGAACCCUUCCUUCUGCUGGGUAGGUUCAUUUUGUCAUUUGUGUACCGGCAGCGUAGCCUGCCACAAUCCUACAUGAAAACCCAUGUGAAGUGAUCUUUUGUGUAGUUUAGUUAGCACUCUCUCUUUUUUGUUACAAGUUGAUGUGUUUGUUAUGUUUAAAGAGUUAAUGUUGUCCAUUUUUUUCGUACCAGCCUGCUUUCUGCGCUCGUCUAAACAGAUGUUCCUAUUCAUGAAUACUCAUGUGAGUGUGUGUGUCUGUGUGUGAAUGGAUGUGUGCUUCAAUUUAGUUUUUUUAAGUUUGCCUUUUUUUUUAUCCCUAAAAUGGAAUUUGUAUUGACCCACCCUUCUUUUGACAUUUUAAACUAAUUAGGUUUGUAUUUUUCUCACCAAUGUAUACUUUACAUUAGUAGACUAUGUAAAGUAUUUUUGUGCACUUGAUUUCAUUGGUUAAUAUUGGCAUUGAUGUGGGUGCUAGGAGUAGAUCGUUUCAGUCCAUACAGAUUUUUUUUCCUUCUCUUUAGAGUUUUUAUGGUUUUAUGUAAGCAGUUUAUGUAAAUAUUGUGAGCAUUACAGGUCAUGCAGUGUUGUAACAUUUUUAAAAAUGUUGCACCUACUUUACAAUUAAAAACCUGGUCACUCAUACUUGAAUUUUGCCCAUAGAGCCAUUUCUUUCUCUUUGCAUUCGUGCAUAAAUUACUUUUAACAAAAGGCUCAACCCUUCUUUCGGUGAUGUUUUUUUUUUUGUUUAACAAAUCUAUAUUUUUCUAACAGAAGAUUUUAACACUUAUUUUUUUUUGCCCGCUUUCUAUCUUAUGAUGAAUAACUCCUAUAUUUAAAAAGUGAGAAAAUACCCCCAUUUUGGAAAGUGGAAUAAGAUGAAUCCAGAGACUUGGCACAAUUACGGAAAUUGCAAGUGUGACAGUGAAGUUGGGCCCCUUAAGAUGAAUUAGCCUCUCAUUAACCUCUCAUAGAUCAAUUAGUGGAUGUUUGUGUGGUGUUUUGAGGAUAUAAAGUGCUAACUAUC